UUUCCCAUAUUGAUAAUAAGGUCGAGACUUUCAUUCUACAUUUGAAACAAGAACUAUCGAACUUGUGGCAUGAAAUAAAGUGGACAAGUUCAAGGCUACACGGUAUCCUAGCGUGUCGAUGACUCAUGUACGUGUGUGAUCGAGUCUCCCCAAAUCCCUAGUGAAACGCGUGCGUCUAAAGGAGAUUGGAAAGGCCAGACAGCCAUGGCAAGCGACGCGAACAGCCGGUCGAAUCGAUGGUUGCAAUUCUCCGUGACGCAUUCCGACGGUGAUGGUGUUUAAAAUAAGCGAAUAAUUUCUCCGAAGCCUCGUGUAUGGAGUCAUAGGUUUCUGGUUAAUUUUAACUCAGGGAAAUCACAUCUCCUUCAGCUUCGAUCGACUCCUAGGAUUGAGCGGGAUCCUUUUAGCGCGAGGUAAAAUCGUCGGGUCCUGCAGCCACUCGAUCAGCACCUUCUCGUCGCCUUGAACAUAACCCAAUUCGACCUCGGGCAACGUAACGUCAGCAAUCAUACUUAACGGGAUUCCACGCUUGGGUAUUCACAUUAAUAAUUGUGAUUUGUCACCGAGGAUAAAGGCCACGUGCACAACAAGCUACAGCUGUCGAAAUUGAUACGUCCCGGUUUAACUCUCUAUCUCCACAUCGCUUAUCUCUGCACCCAUUUGCACUUGUACGAUAACGGCGAAAAAUGAUUUCAUCACAUUCAGUACGUAACUCCGUGUAAAUGCCUUCUGCCUGACACACAGUUGCUGCUCAGCUUCCGCUUGUGAUACGCGCGCCCGAAUCGUUGAGGAGUUUCAAACUAAUAAGGAUGGCUAGUACUCAAGAUGCCGAGGGUGGUAUCACCAUACCUCUGCAGUACAACGAUGCUCACUGGAAGUCGAUUUUUGAAAAGUAUGACUUGGACGGAGAUGGAAAAAUAUCUUAUCAUGAAUUAAGAGCGAUGAUUCGAGGGUCGGCUUACACGAACGACAUACCGACUCGUGUUGUCAAGAUGAUAAUGCACGAGGCAGAUUUGGAUGAUUCUGGAUACUUAGAUUACCCAGAAUUCAUAGCUAUGAUUCAUAGAAAAGACAUGCAAGGUGUCUUUGGACAUUAUGUGCAACGUUAUGUCCAUUGUAUGGUGCCACAGCGUCGACUGGCAUCACAGGUGUCACGAACAUCGCACUAUUCAAGUGAUACAACUGACGGACUCUAUGAAGAAGAAUACAGUUGUAACCCACCGGCGAUUGCCAUGGUGAUCAUCUCACUUUUGGAGAUUACUUUAUUCCUUUACGAUGCGAUAGCACACAAAGCCCUCACAGUCGAAGGACCGGCGGCGCAAUUAUUUAUUUACCAUCCCGAAAAACGGAGAGAGGUGUGGCGAUACGUAACUUAUAUGUUUGUCCACGUUGGUGUCUUUCAUCUCGUUGUCAAUCUGCUAGUGCAAAUAUUGCUGGGAGUGCCAUUGGAGAUGGUGCACAGGUGGUGGAGAGUGCUCACCAUAUAUUUGGCCGGUGUCAUCGCCGGGUCAUUGGGAACUUCAGUAUCCGAUCCACACGUCUUGCUGGCAGGUGCAUCAGGUGGUGUUUAUGCUUUGAUGACUGCUCACGUCGCAACGAUAAUCAUGAACUGGUCUCAAAUGGAGUACGCAAUUCUUCAACUGCUGGUCUUUGUUGUGCUGGCUAUCGUUGACGUUGGCCAGGCAGUUUACAACCGGUACAUAUUGGAUGUCGAGAAGCAAAUUGGGUACGUCGCGCAUUUGGCCGGUGCUGUGGCAGGCUUGCUUGUCGGCAUCAACAUUCUCCGUAAUCUUGAAGUUAAAACGUGGGAAAAGGUUGUGUGGUGGGCGAGCAUCGUUAUAUACAUUGGGCUCAUGACUGCCGCAAUUCUCUGGAAUAUUUUUCGUCCUGAAUUUGUAUGACUUAAUCGAUUCCAUCACUGCCAUUGAUUAUUGAAUGUUGAUUAGGUCAUAGAGGGAUCUCAAUUUUGCUGCUGAUUGUAAGAAUCCA